AUGCUUCCAAUUACCCCAAUUCUUGUGGCGGUUGCCACGACUGCCCUCAUUUACCGGCUUCUUCAAAUCGGUCGCCGUCCCAAGAACUACCCUCCGGGCCCUCCAACCCUACCUAUACUCGGCAACAUCCACCAGAUGCCCAGCCAGGACGCUCACCUCCAGUUCGAGAAAUGGGCGCGCGAGUACGGUCCCAUUUACAGUCUCAUGCUCGGCACUCAGUGCAUGAUUGUUCUAUCAAGCGAUAUGGCUGUCAAGGAGCUCCUUGAUCGCCGCAGUGGAAUCUACUCCUCCAGGCAGGAUAUGUAUAUUGGUCAGCAGCUGUGCAGUGGCUCGCUCCGGAUGCUGAUGAUGAAAUACGGACCAACAUGGCGAAUGUUCCGCAAAAUGGUUCACGGUCUCCUCAACGUCGUCACAUCGAAAAGCUACAUCCCCUACCAGAUGCUCGAGAACAAGCAAUUGCUCUACCAGUUCCUCACCGAACCUGACGACUUCCUCAAGCACAUCCGCCGAUACUCCAACGCUCUCACAACAACCAUGGUCUUUGGCUGGCGCACACCUACCUACGAUGACCCCAAGAUGAUGCAGCUCUUCGACGGCUUCAACGAGUUCGCAGACUUAAACCAGACCGGCCCAGCUGCCUUCGUCGACUUCUUCCCCUUCUUCCAGAAACUCCCUUCCUUCCUGCUCCCCGCGAAGAAGAAGGCAAUGGAGCUCCAUAAGCAUGAGAAAGCGCUGUACAAGGGCCACUGGCUAAAAGCAAAAGAGGACAUCCGCAACGAUAACAUCAAGCCGUGUUUCUGUAUUGGCAUGAACGAGGCGCAGAAGAAAGACGGGUUCAGCGAUGACCAGGCUUCUUAUAUCUCGGGGACUUUGCUGGAGGCUGGCUCGGAUACGACGUCGAGUACCCUGUAUGCAUUUGUCCAGGCGAUGCUCCUUUACCCAGAUGUCCAGCGCAAGGCACAAGAAGAAAUUGACCGCGUUAUCGGGACGGAAAGACUUCCUGUGAUGGAGGACCUGGAUGAUCUGCAGUAUAUCCGCGGCUGUAUGAAGGAAACGCUGCGCUGGAUGCCAACGACUAUCAUGGGCGCCGUCCCGCAUGCAGUUACCCAGGACGAUGAGUACAUGGGGUACUUCAUCCCCAAGGGUGCUGGGGUACUGCACAACGUCUGGGCUAUUGGCAUGGACCCCGAGCGUCAUCCCAACCCGAGACAGUUCAACCCGGACCGGUUCAAGGACGAUCGCCAGAGUCUUGGUGACGCUGCUGCAAACCCUGAUGGCACCAAGAGAGAUGCGUUUACGUUUGGUGCUGGUCGCCGCAUCUGUCCUGGGAUUCACGUUGCCGAGCGGAGUCUGUUCUUGGGUAUCUCCAGGAUUCUGUGGUCGUUUGAUAUCAGACCGGCGAAGGAUGCGGAUGGGAAGGAUAUUAUUCCGGAUCAGGAGCGCUUGACGCAGGGGUUUGUCUGUAUGCCUGAGGAGUUUCCGGCGAGUAUCACGCCGCGGUCGAAGGAGAGGGCUGAUAUGGUUCGAAAGGAGUGGGAGGAGGCCCAGAAGGAGUGUCUGGAUCCGGAGUCGAGGCAGUGGUUGCAGUCGCCUGUGGAUUCGAAGAAGGCUUUACGGGGGAUGUCUUAG